AUGGGACGAAUGCCCCGACCUAGUUGGUUGCGAGAACUUCAUUUUUGCCUCGUUCCGGAGAUUGUGACCUGGACGGACGUUCAAGGGGAUGGUAAUUGUGGUUAUCGGAGCGUGGCGUGUGCAGUCAAGAACAGUGAGGAUGAUUGGAUGGAUGUUAGAUUGGAUGUGUAUACCUGUAUUAGAAGACACGAGUUGUUCUUCAAUGAUUAUUUCGGUGGUGGCAAUUCAGUGUAUCGGGUGUUGGCGAGUGUCGCCUAUUGGGAUAACGCCCCAGCACCUCUGCAAAAGUGGAUGACGAUCACGGACGUGGGCGUGGUUGUAGCAACAUAUUACAACGCGUUGGUCUUGUCGGCUAGCCGUUCGGGAAAUCAGACUUAUUUGCCACUUUGGGCUCCCGAAGGUGUUUCACAGUUAUCUUACCAGAUGACUAUACUAUUUCUUGAAGCAAGAAGCCACUUUGUGUAUCUGAAGCUGAAUGACAACUGUCCGCUUCCUCCGUUUAACCUGCAGUGGGCGAGAUACAGCAAUUAUACUGUUGCAUAUUUGUCAGAGGCAUUGCGGGAGCGACGUGAAGCGUGGGAUAUUCUAACUAGUGUUUGA